AUGAACGGCACCAAGCCUGGGCCUUCAGUGGCCGAUCUGGCUGCCAUGACCACAGAAGAGAGAAUGGCGGGCAUGGAGCACUCUGAAGUCCGCUACUUCACUAGCUAUGAUCAUCAUGGAAUCCACGAAGAAAUGCUGAAAGAUGAAGUCCGGACCAGGUCCUACCGAGACUCCAUCUACCAGAACAAGCAUCUCUUCAAAGACAAGGUCGUUCUCGAUGUUGGCUGCGGUACUGGCAUCCUCAGCAUGUUCGCCGCAAAGGCUGGCGCAAAACAUGUGAUUGGCGUCGACAUGUCGAGCAUCAUCAACAAAGCCAGAGAGAUUGUCGCAGCGAACGGAUUAACGAGCAAAGUUACCCUUCUCCAGGGCAAAAUGGAAGAGGUGGAAAUGCCAGUUCAGCACCUAAAUGAUGGCAAGGUUGAUAUCAUUAUUUCCGAGUGGAUGGGAUAUUUCCUUCUCUAUGAGAGCAUGCUUGACACGGUGCUUUACGCACGGGACAAGUAUCUGGUCCCAGGAGGGAAAAUAUUCCCUGACAAGGCUACCAUCUACAUGGCAGCCAUUGAGGAUGGAGAGUAUAAGGAAGACAAGAUCGGAUUCUGGGACAACGUCUAUGGAUUCGAUUACUCGCCCAUGAAGGAGAGUGCCCUGACAGAACCACUGGUUGAUACCGUGGAACUGAAGGCUCUGGUCACAGACCCCUGCCCAGUCUUCACCAUCGACCUCAACACCGUCCAGGUCUCCGACCUCGCAUUCUCCGAACCAUUCCAACUCCGAGUGCAGAGGAAUGACUUCAUCCAUGCUCUCAUUGCAUGGUUCGAUAUUGAUUUCCAAGCAUGCCAUAAGCCCAUUCGAUUCUCGACAGGCCCGCACACCAAAUACACCCACUGGAAGCAAACUGUCUUCUACCUGCGGGAAGUCUUGACUGUGGAGGAAGGUGAGCACGUGCGUGGGUUCCUCUCCAACAAGCCCAAUAACAAGAACCGACGAGAUCUCGACAUCAAGAUCGAUUAUGAGCUAGCGACCGAGGACAGAACACGGACAGCUGCUGGCUCAUGCGAGUACAGAAUGUGUUGA